AACAAUUUUUUGGUAUAACUACAGUUUGAAUUAUUUUAUACAAUUUUCGUUUAAAUAUAGAAACUUUUUUCGUUGGAAUUCGUAGGAAAAUGCAACCCGAAAACUUAUAAUUAAAUUUCAUGAUGUUGGUACAAUAAGAGAAUAGUGUCACUCUGGUAGAAUAUCCUUACACUCGAUGAACUUUUGAGAUUAUAUAAUUAUUCGUUAAUGUUCCCUUUGAAGGUUUAUUUUUUCGAUUGCCUGCGUGAACCGAUUGGAUAAAGCAUGGAUACCAUUUGUGAGAAAAACAACCAUGCCUUCUAUUUUCGGCAGAAUUUUAUACCCUGAAUAGGGAUAUUAAGUUUGCAACGAAGUUUGUAAUAUCCAGAAGGAAGCGUUGGAUACCCCAUAAUAUACAUAGUACAUAUGUAAAUGAUCAGCAUGACGAACUGAGUCGAUUUAGUCAUGGCCGUCUGUCUGUAUAUACUCGAACUAGUCCCUCAGUUUUUGAGAUAUCGAUCUGAAAUCAUGCACACGUCCUUUUCUUAAAAAAAAGUUGCUAUUUGUCGGAAUCGGCAUAUAACUGCCAUACAAACUGAACGAUCGGAAUUAAGUCAUUGUAUGGAAAACUUUUUUAUUUGACGUGAUAUCUUCACGAAAUUUAACAUGGGUUAUUGUCCAAAGCAUUGGUACAAUCUUUGAAGAAGUUUUUCAAUAGUUCAUGUAAGGAAUCUUUUGAAUUUGUGAAGGGCUUAAUAGCUUCGGUGUAACCGAAUUUAACGAUUUUUUCUUGUUAUGCUAUACAAAAUAUACCUGUUAAGAUAUUGCACCGCGCUGCAAACGCUUGUCUGCACAUUUGGAACAGAUGCUCGCCAAGAUACGCAUUCGUUCAUAUGGGUUUAUGCAUGUGGGUGUGUAGGUGUACAAGUAGCAUUCUGACACCUUAUUCAUAGCUGGUUCCUGUGUAUGUGCGCUUGUUUCAGACGGCUUCUAGGCCCGUGAUUAUACAGGUAUACCAGUUGCGUGCUGCAUUGGAGUAGUGGCUGAGACGGUUGCAAUGGUGGAAGUGACAGCGACAGCGUCAACGGCAACAACAACAAGGCUUCACUGUUCCUAAGUACCUGCUGCCGUAACUGCGAACCAACACCGUAAAGCACAAUCAGUAUCGGAAUUGUUAUUAAAGCUGUUUCACUACUUUAGCCUAAAACAGCAAGCGUUAAACUAACAACAACAACCAAGUCCGUUAGUCUAACAACAACUAACCAAACAAUACGAUGAGCGAGCAGCGAGUGGAAAAUUGAGUUGCCUGUGGCGGUGGUGCAAUAAAUGCAUUGCGUCGGUGGUUUGGCCGACUUACGGUGUUUGCCCGCGCAACCGAAUGAGUGCGGAACGAUUAGGAAGAACAACAGAAAGAGGUGUGCUACAGAGCAUUGGGACGCAAAUUGGAUGAGCAUGAAGGUGCGCUCUCAGCUCGCUGCUCGUGCGGUGAGCGCCAUACAAUCGCAAAAUAAACAGCAAGUGCUUCGAAUGUCGUGUCAGGCGCGGGGGGAGCUGCGGUAUAAUCAAACAGCACAUGAGAAGGCCCACUCCAAACCUGUUGACCUAAUUUUGAAUCGUGCGUCGUCUCGCUUCAAACAUUGGCGCGUUGGCGUUUUCACUCAGUUUACGAUUACCACACAUCGGUCGCAUCGCUCUCUGUUACAACACAGCCCAAAAGAGCGAGAGCAUGGCAAUUGCUGUGGAGCGCACUGGCGAGUUGUGCACGAGUAGCUCGCUGAGUGCUGACUACGUAUAUAAACUGGGAGCGUUUAGCUUUGGAGAUGAUUACCGCCUGCAGCUUUAGUUAUGGCGCAGCUGACACUGAUGUUCGCGCUGCCGGCGUCGCUGCGUCGCUUUCGUCUAAAGUGGUAUUCCCUGACACACUACUGCCUGUGUACUUGCAUUGUGCGAUACUUUGGAUUCAGUCUAUGUGUUGUGUUGUGCCGAAAAGCAAAACAUUAGAAUCGAAGACGCGAUACACGCGUACCUGCGUUCACCGAAAACGCCAUCGCUUCUAGUCGUUCAUCGAACGCAUUCGUUCCAUCGUCGAUUCGGUUGUUUGUCGCACGCAUAAGCGCAUCUGUGAAGAACGCGGUGGCGUAGAAAUAUACACACAUACGCAGUUUCGAGUACAUGAGUGCAUGGAUUAUUUUGUGGAUUGUGCAAUAAAGUUAUGAAAAUAAUCGCUGAAGACACAACAAGUACAAUCAACAUCCAAGUAAUGAAAAAUUGCAAACUUCUUCUGGCCUGACAUCAGUUUUAUGUGAGAUAAAUGGCUGAAACUAUAAGUGCAGCCGCCGGUAUGGAGAUGACAUUAAAGGACAGCGGGAUAAUUGACAUGACACCCGGUAGUUUGAUGCAACACAGUGCGUUAGUCAAGCAUACUCAUGCGCUACGUAGCUUGAAGGAAUGCAGCGCGGAUGAACAGCCAGUGGCCUUGGAUAGUACGGCACGCGCAAAUAGUACACCACCAACGAAUUACACCACAUCCACAAGCACGCCGAAUCCGCCCGCUAUGGCGACAUUUCGUUGUGAACGUUGCGACCAUUUCGAGACUACUUCUAGGGCAUCGCUACUAUUACAUGUCGUCCAGUGUUUGUCUAAUCAUGCGCGCCUCAAAACCGAAGAACCUGAAUUGGAGAAUCUAAGUGUAGUCGGUUCGGUGAUGCCCCAUGCAGACCAAAAUGCUGGCAACAGCAACGAUGUCACCAAAUUGGUACCGGAUACGGCAACGGCAAAUAAUGUUCCCACAAAUAUGUCGGUGGUCACAACGAAUGGCAAUGCCAGCAGUCCAACUGCAUCAUCGUCUUCGUCGUCUUCAUCCCGUAAAGUUUUUGAAUGUGAUGUUUGCAAUAUGAAAUUCUCAAAUGGCGCAAAUAUGAGACGGCAUAAGAUGCGCCACACUGGUGUCAAGCCUUACGAAUGCCGUGUCUGUCAAAAGAGAUUUUUCCGCAAAGACCAUUUGGCGGAACACUUUACAACGCACACGAAAACUCUUCCAUACCACUGUCCCAUAUGUAACCGUGGCUUCCAGCGCCAAAUCGCUAUGCGCGCUCAUUUCCAAAACGAGCAUGUCGGCCAACACGACCUCGUUAAAACCUGUCCAUUGUGCAGCUAUAGAGCAGGUUCUAUGAAAUCGCUAAGGAUUCACUUUUUCAACAGACAUGGUAUAGACCUUGAUAAUCCGGGACCGGGUGGUUCCUCAUCAUUACUGCUCGCCUUGGAGUCACAAGCAUCACAAGUAGCAGCUGCCGCAGCCGCUGCCAGUUUCGUACCGGGCCUGAAUGCUGUGGCUGCAGCUGCUGCUGCGGCAAGCCAGAAUGCCAACUCGAGCAUGGCGACGACCCAUCAGAGCGAUAGUGGCGAGUCGAUGCGCUCUCUGGAGAAUGCCACACCGCCCAUGCACUUUUUGACGCCGCAUGUGGAAAUUUCAACCCUGUCCGACAAUGGAACCGAUUUGUUCAAUGUAACAUGGAAUGCGUUGCUAAAUUGCAAAUUGGGGAAAUCCACUGAUGCGGCGUUUUUAUGUGCAUUUGAUUUGCAGGGGAACGCCAAUACCGCAACCGGAGUGGAACUGAUGGAGACGAAGAGCAGCGGUCGAGGCGAGCGGGAUGCAGUCGUUGGAAAUAAGUCACCAGCGCCACCACCACCUCAAGAACAUCCGAUCGAUUGUAAUACCAAAUCGUUGCCUUCAAGCACCAGUCAUGUCGGUGUGCAGUUGAAUGCUUGCCCUUCCCCAAAAACCCAUCACCACGAGAACCACAUCACACCAUCCAUCAGUUUGAUACCAAUCAAGCAGGCGAGUGAACCAGUAGGGGAGGAUUUAUCAACGGAUGCUAAUAAGAGCGGCACCAAAUGCCCAACCACACAAUGCGAACAAAUGAAUGGCGGUGACUGUAGUGAAUCGGAAUUCUCGUCUCCGAACGGCAGAUUAACUUCGUUAAUUAAGGUAUCCCCACUGAAGUCCUUGUUAAGAGAGGACCUCAAACGACGCAUUUGCGCCAAAGCCAAUAAUCGCAUCACCCGCAAUGCAGCUGUUUUGGACAACAACAAUGUCGUGCAAACAGGCAGCAUUACCGGCACCACAAGCAACACCUCUUCCUGCAACUCCACUCCCAUAUGCAAUGGUACGAUCACCUCAACCGGCCAAGAGACCGAACCAAACCUGCUAAGUCGCAAGCAAAUACUCACAUGUUUAUUCUGUGGCAUCGAGUUUCCAGACGAAACACUGUACUUCCUGCACAAGGGCUGUCACUGCGAGAGUAAUCCGUGGAAGUGCAACAUUUGCGGCGAACAGUGCAACAACGUCUAUGAAUUCAAUUCUCAUUUGUUGAGCAAAAGCCACCAAUAGCAACCAAUUAGCCUUACAACCGCGGCCAAUAUCAACAAUCAAAAGUAGAUAACUACAAGCACGGAGGCAUUCAAAAAAUGGAGAAUUGUUGUCAAUAUUUGGCAAUGAAGGGCUUGUUGAACGAGCUUUUUAUAGUGAGACAAAUAACCUACAGCUAGAGGCAAUAUUAAUGGCGAAGGCUCCAAAAGUAUGUAGGUGUAAAUAUAUAAGAAAGUUUAGUGAGUCUUUUUUUUAGAAAAUCAAGCAAGUGGUUCGCUGUAUAACAGUGGCUGCAACAGGCAGGAGCCGUAAGCAUAGUAGAAGCGGAAACUGAAGUCACGAGAUGCAAAAGUGUGUGAUAGUCGAUUGUAACUGAAAGCAAGAACAAAUCAAAAAUAUAAAAUAGUACAUUUACCGAAAUACUUAUGCAAAUUAUCAUAUUUAACGUACAAUUUUCUUAAUUAAAUACAAAUGAGUAAGUUAGAUAAUGACGAGUAUUCGUCAAAGCAAAUCGUUUGCACACGCGUAGAAGCAAUUAUAUCAAGAAAAUACUGUGAAUGCAGAUGAAUGUAUCGAUUAGAAGCGGUGAAGAUAGAGAAAAAACCAAAACACAUGACACCUUCAAUAGGCAAACGAUUUUUUAGAAAUGCAUUUAGAGCUUUAUCCGCCUCAAAAUUAAACAAAUGAUGUUAUUAAAUACAUAAAUUGUAUAUUAAGGAAAUUAGAGAAGGGCAUUAAAUAAAGCCAAUCGUAGCUUUUGAUAGGCUGAGGGAAAUCUUUCUUAGCACGUGUGCGGUCACAGGGAAAUCGUAGAGUUCUGAUAAAAUCAGUCAAUCGAAUAACCAUAAAUAUACAUGCAGUGUUGUUGUAUUGGCGUGCUAUGAAAAAUUUUCGUUUGCUUGCGAGGAGUCACUAAAUAAUUUAACUAUUAGUGCUGGUCAAAUUUUGCAAUGUACCUUCAACGUAUGUAUGUAAUUUUAAAUUAAUUGUUAUAAAACAUAUAUUAGUUGUAAGUAAUCGAAAAUUAUACACAUAAUUAGUAUGUAGUGGCAUAUACUCGUUUGUAAAACAAACCUAAUUGAAAUAGCGACGAACUAUAUGGUAGUUAUUUAAUUAAUAAUAAUUAAUUUUGAAAUAUUUGUUUGGCAUAAAAACGCAAUAGCAAUUUUGGUGAAUUCACGUAAAAUGUGCAACCGAUAUCUCAAAAAAUCAAAAGAUUCAUGUCGAGUGGCCAAAAUCAAACGAUUUAAUGUGCAAGUAUGUGUGAAAUGAGCGUUGCGCCCUAUAAAGACUGUCUGAAGAAAAAAUUCAAAACUGUUGAAGUGUUAUUGCUAAGGUAUAAAUUUUCAAUAGUAACUGUUUUUUAAAAGUCGCGCUUAAAGUGUAUUUUUGGUUAUAUAUUUUGUAAAAACAUUUUUGCUUUUCGCAAACUAUUGCAUUUAUCGUUGAAAAAGAUUACUGAAAUCAUCAAUUGUCAUAUUCCUAAUAGCACUACAUAGCCGAAAUGGUCGUUAACACAUCUCGGUAACAAGAACUUACGAACUUCAUCACCCCAUUAAGAGAUUUUCAAAAGAUGUUAGUGCUCAAGUAAAAUGUAUAUUCCAUUUGAGUAUCAAUUAAAAAUUUCUUUUCGUAUUCAUAAUAGUAUAUAGCUAGUUUACUUGCAUUUAUGUGUACUUUUCCAGAGCUUCUACUCUACUAGUUUGUUUUUCUGAGCAAAGUGUCUCCUCAAAAAUGACGAUUGCAAAUAAGUUACUCAUACGCCAUGAUCGUCAAACAUAGAAAUACUUAAUUCAGGACAAUGUUAUUAAUCUAACACUUGCAUAUUUAGAAAUAGUAACUUUUUAAAACAAAAAAAUGUUCGACGUGGUGCAAAUUAUCAGUUAGGGACUGGUGGAUUUAUUUGAACUAUUUAUAUUUUAUUAAAAAUGCUUAUGAAGAAUCAACCAAAACCUGGAGCGGAAACCGCUUUAAGAACUGCCACAGUGAUCUUAGUGAUAACGUUAAUAAUGAAGACAUUUUGUGUGAAAAAUUGUUUGAUUUUCAGCCAAAUCUCAUUUUAGACACGCACAUACUUCGCGUUAAAACUUUUGAAACAACAUUUACAGCAAUUAACUGUAAUUAGACCAAUUGAGCUAAAAGUCAACAAAUCAAAAUGAGCAAUAUUUUUAUAUUCGAAGCUACGUAGAUACCUACCUUCCUCUUUGAUUAAGUACACAAAUACCCAAAAUACAUACAUACACACAUACAAAUACAUACGCCAAAAUAUAUACAUAUAUGUGCGUGCAUAAAGACAAAAGCGUAGCUGAAGUAGUUUGGGAAAGCCGCUUUUGUCAAAAAUAAAUAUUUUGUUGAACAAACCGUUAUCUAAUCUUAAGAAAAGCAAAAAAAUGUUUAUGAAACAUUGCGAGUAAAUUCUUAGCUUGUAAGUAUUCAUUUACACAAUGCAACAUAUUUCCAAGCUAAACUCUUAUUCAAACAAAGCUGUAUGUGCUUUCAAGCAGCUUUUUAUCAAUUGGUUGAAGCAGCUUAACCCAAACUAGGCAGAUACAGUUUUACGCAUGCAGAAAAAGUUAGGUUAGGUUUUGCUUAAAGAAUCAGAAGUUCCUGCAGCCACUGAGCUUAUGGAACUGUCACCACUGACGAUUUAAGCCAAAUGAUGAUAAUUUCACAUCCAACACCUGCACAUGCACACACACAUGAACAAAGAGCAAUACAUUAGUUGGAUAUAGGAAUCUCCACUGUUAACCAAAUUCACACAGAAACCUAUACACUUAGAAAUCGGGUAUAAAAUGUAAAAAAAGAAUCAAAAAAAUAUAUACUAUAUAUAACAAAUGAAGAAACUUGCAAUAAUUAUUAAAAUAUUAUUAAAUCGUAUAGGCAAAUUCGUAAAUUGUGAGCGGGUAAUCUUAGGUAUUUUAUUAGCAAUAUUGCACCAUUGAAUGGCCUUAGAGAAAGGCUUUAAAUUGUUAUGUUUUCAGAGUUUAACAAAACAAACAAGAUUAUAUAUAAAAGAUAUAACAUAUUAUGUAUUACAACUGAUUAUAUAUUAUUAUUAGAAAAUAUCAAUAGCAGACGUACAAUUUAACUAGGCGAACGGCAAUAAUAACACACACAUACACACAUAUAAACUUGAAAAUUAUAAAUUCAUACAAACAUAUACUAUGCAAACGAUUCAGAACACGGUGUAUAUAUAGGAUGUAUUGGAAUGUUACAAUUUAAACACCUUGAACCAGAUGCAUAUAAAAGCGAAAGCAAAAACAAAAAAAUUUAAAAUAGAAGAAUAGAAUCACAUAAACGAAAGUUAAAGAAAAUAAUACAAUUAACAUUUAAUGCAACGGGAUGCCGUUAGAAUGUAGUUAUUAUGAGUCAAGUUUGGCAUUACAUCCGUCCAAGGGUUCAUUGCUUUGCGCUGCGGACCCACAGUCCACGACGUCAACGCAACGGCGCAGCCGGAGUCGUUUUCCGGUACUCGCCACUCGUUGAACCUAAAAUAUGCGAACUUGCUUUCCUCUUCAAAUCGUCAACAUGACGUACACACACCUGCACACAAGCAUCCAUAUGUACCUUAUGUAUGUUUUAUUUAGAUUUGAUUUCGAUUUUUUGAUAAUUAAAUCCAUUUGUUGUAUUUGUUGCACGCAUUGCAUAUGUAGUAUGUGGUAAUUAUGUGCAAUGUACAAAUAUCACGAACAAAUAAUGUUAAACUUGUUUAUGUUUUUCGCACCAUCAACAUACAUACAUACACACUAAGCACACACUCAUAUACACACAAAUACAUGCAUAUUUUUUACAAGUACAUACAUACAUGCAUAUAUACAAAUGUAUACAUAUACAUAUAUUAGGAAAUUGUAAUAAUAUAAAUUGUUGUGUUCAAUUAUUCUUUAAUUACUUAUCAUUACAUUCAAUAAUUAUUAACUACAUACAUACAUGCAUACAAUAUAAAUAAAUAACGGUUAACGUAUAGUAUAUACAUUAAUUAUAUACUUACGUAAUUAUAACAAAACGCAAAACAAAGUAAAGAAAUCUAAAAUGUUAAACAGAAAUAUUCAAAUGUUCGACAUACGUACAUGAAUGCGUACCCGAAGAAGAAGAAGAAAGGAAUAGUUAUAAUAUUUUGUAAGAAAGUGUAAGUCAUUGUUGCACAUUUCGUUACAUUGUUUGAAAAAUUAAUACAGUUGUUGAAUUUUAAAUACAAUAAUAAUAAUGACAUAAUUCUAAAAUGCAA